ACAAGGGACACCUAGGGGACAGGACACCUAAGGAAUGGGACAACCAGGGGUCAGGACACGUGUGCUACAGGACACACGGGGCACGGGACACUCGGGGCUGAGGAUACCAAAGACACAGGGCACACAUGGCACAGGACACCCGGGGCACGGGACACCGGGGCGGGCCGCUCCGCGGAGCCGCCCCGUGAGGCGGGCCCGGACAGGACGGGCUCUCGGGACCAUGUGGAGCACGGCCCCUCUGUGCGCCCUGGGCAGGAGCCGCCCCGGGCCCUCCCUGACCCGCCUGCUCCAGAGGGAAUAUCGGGAGCUCCUGGUGCAUGGCCAGGGCUGGGGAAGGACACACCACCUGCCCCCACGCCGAUUUGUGAGUAAUAAGUCAAAACACAGGCGGCACCCCCGCACGUACCCAGUUCUGGACGGACGUGUCCUCGCUGUGCACCGACAUGUGUUCGAACAGAAUUUAAGGAACAGCGAGGCUGUGGUUAAAAGAUACUUGGAAUUGUUGGAGAGGGUGAGGAAAGGAGGGGGAGAAAACGCCAUCCUGCGCCACACUCAGCGCAAUAAGAAGCUGUUUGUUCGGGAGCGCCUGAAGCUGCUGCUGGAUGAUGAGUCUUUCCUGGAGUUGUCCCCUCUGGCAGGGCUCAACAUGCCCUACGGGGAUGUCCCUGCUGCUGGAUGCCUCACUGGAAUUGGCAAAAUCUGUGGAAUCUGGUGUGUCUUCGUGGCAAGCGAUGCCACUGUGAAAGGAGGAACUAUUUACCCAAUUGGAGUGAAAAAACAGUUAAGAGCCCAAGAAAUUGCCAUGGAGAACAGGCUGCUGUCUGUGCACCUUGUGGACAGCGGGGGAGCAUUCCUACCACUGCAGUCAGAGCUGUUUCCUGACAAGCUGCACGGUGGCAGGAUUUUCUACAAUGAAGCAGUCAUGUCUGCCAUGGGAAUCCCUCAGGUGGCUGUGGUGUGUGGCUCCUGUGUUGCUGGAGGUGCCUACGUGCCCACCAUGGCCGAGGAAGCUGUGAUCAUAGAUAAAAUUGGGACGCUGUUCCUGGCUGGCCCACCACUUGUAAAAGCUGCUACAGGAGAAUAUGUGUCUCCUGAGGACCUUGGAGGAGCCAAACUUCACUCACAAGUCAGUGGCUGUACUGACCAUUUUGCACCUUCAGAAAAGGAGGCCUAUGAAUGUAUUCGCAAUGUUAUCUCUACGUUAAACUAUGACCCAGUGCCAGAGGAGGGCACAGAGCACGACAGUCCCCUGUACAGCUCUGAGGAGCUCUUGGGACUGGCACCACAGGACUAUAGGUGUACUCUUCCUGUCAAACUGAUUCUGAGCCGUGUGGUGGAUGGAAGCAGAUUCCAGGAAUUCAAGGCUAAUUUUGGAACAACAUUAGUAACAGGAUUUGGCCAUGUGGAAGGGCACUUGGUGGGGAUUGUGGCCAACAAUGGGGAGCUGGCUCACGACGCUGCUCUCAAGGGCAGCCACUUCGUCCAGCUCUGUGGCCAGCGGGGAAUUCCCAUCCUCUUCCUCCAAAAUACUGCCCCACAGCCAGCAGAGCCAACGAGCAUCUCACAGGCAGAGGCUCAUUCCAACAGGCUGAAAGCCCAGGCCUCCAUGAUGGCUGCUGUUGCUUGUGCUGCUGUUCCCAAAAUCACCAUCGUCAUCGGGGGCUGUUACGGGAGCGACAGCUACGUCAUGUGUGGGAGAUCGUUCAGUCCAAACUUUCUGUUUCUGUGGCCUAAUGCAAGAGUUGCUCUUGUGGAUUCAAGACAUUUCUCCACAGUCCCACAAGCUGGGGACAGUGACUCUACAGAUGAAUCAGAGCUGAAGCAGCUGAAGACAAAGCUUGAGGAAGAAAGCAGUGCAUUUUACUCCUCUGCCAGACUCUGGGAUGAUGGAAUCAUUCUACCUCAAAACACUAGAAAGGUGAUUGCCCAGUGCUUGGACAUCAUGGAACAGCAGAAGUACCAGGCUGUGUCUCCGUGUCGCUAUCCCAUCAUCAGGAUGUAAUCUUCACCCUCAAACCAGCAGCCCUGCAGAGCCAGCACCACCUGCCAGAACUCUUAGUGUAAAGGAUUUUCUAAUUCUUUGAUAUAUUAAUAAAAAUGUUGAACAAUUGAAGACAAA